AUGACUACUAUAUCAGACGCAUUUGGCGUGAGCAAUCUAUUUAGUUUACCUAUUGACCACAGUUGUAAAGAUUCCACAUCUGAUUCCUCUAAAAGGAGCAGGAGAGAGUCAGUGUCAGGAGUGGCAGGAGUUCAUGAAGAGGGACAUUCUGGACAUUCAGACACUUAAUACGAGGAUCCGCUCUUUGAUGACGAGGGACUUCUUGAAAGCUACACUAAAAUUUGGGAGUCUUUUAAUGACAAGGACCUAGUUCCAUAGAAGGUCAGCAAGAGCCCGAAUCUUUCUCAUUCAUGUCCUUUCUAUAAUCAGGUCUAUUCAAAUUCACCAUCCAAUGAGGAUGGGUAGUAUUUAUCAGACGUAGCAUCUUGGAUGACUAGGUCUUUUUAGGAGAACAUCGCAGCACCCAAGGCUUACCUUCCACCUGCCUAGAGUUUACUUUCUCCAGCUUGGUGUCUCAGCGGUGAUCAUACAGUCAUGACCCUACCCCCCAGAGCCAAAGCCAAUUCAUUUGGUUUUUAAGCAACUGCCAAUGAUUCAGAAAACUCCUAAAAGUAAUCUAAAAAUGGGGUGGGGGCCCACCAAAACCGCAAAGAAGGUAUUUUUUCCGCAUUAAACACCCCUCCGAAAAAAGUUUUUUCAAUCUUUUCAAAACAAUUAAACCCCGAGGACGAUACUCAGGAAGAGAACUGGGAGGAGGACACCAAUGAUACCGAGAUAAUGAAAAAUAUAAACAGCUUACUCGAUUCAGGUAAUCCAUAGAAAAAGCCUCAAUAUCCAUAUCGUACCUUGGAGAUUGUCAUCAAUAAUUAUAUGCUUAAUGAGGCCCUCUAGAAGGUCUCUGAUCCCCAGGAACUAGACUCCUGGGCGGGGUUGAGAGAUGAUCUCAGCUUCAUGCAUAUUUAAUCACAGGGGCGGUUAUCUUUCAAGUCAACCCAAUUUUACUAUCAUGCUCACACCAUUGCAUUAAAACUAAUGAUCUAUACCAACAGUGGUUGUGAUAAUAGUUUUGAAGUAGUCUCAGUGUUAGCAGCUAUAAAUAAGAAAGACAAAGUCUAAUCUAAAGUGGGAUUAUAUAGUAAGAUCAGUAAUGAGGAGUGCACAGUAGAAGCAUCCAAUCUAUGA